UAUGUAUGUAUUCUGGUUUCUUGACUUCCUUGAUCAUUAGUGUUUAUGAUACCGUACUUUAAAUCUUUCAUCCGUUCGUAUACUCUCAGCUCUAUCCGAACCCGUAAUGGGUUCUGGUGGUAAUGCUCUGUAGGGAAGAAUUUGCGAAGUUGAUGUUCUCUGCUAACUGAGAAUAAUCUGCGGCCAUCCAGAUGUGACGUUCUGCAUUGGAGUGGAAUAUUCUUCCUGAGGUAAAUGCGGGCGCUGUUCAUCUCUGUCUGGACUCUCAUCCGCAUACAAAAAAAACGCCCUCCAAGGGACCUUACAGCAAUUGCGAUCACCCCGUCCGUGAUGAUAUCGCUCAAGGCGCUUUGAGACCUAUUAUAUAACCCCCUGGUCGAGGAUGCGUUAUCUGUCCCCAAUUCUAACAUGAGUUCGUAUAGCUCAGAACAGCCUUCGCAACAAGGGCAGUCCUCAGGAGACUACAUUCCACCACGAAGAACUCCAAUGGCAUGUCAGUUCUGUAGAGCUCGGAAAUUGAAAUGCGACGGACGGCCAACGUGCGGAAAUUGCUCGAAGAGAGCCAUCGCCUGUCAUUAUGUCCCAGUCUCAGCGCAGGGCUCAGCCGGAACACCGAGUUAGGACUCUGGAACGUUUAUCGAGCAGAACACUUCUUCCGCCAUUACGCAAUGCACUUCCGUCAUGUAUAAUUUCUGUC